AUGGCUUCCUACAGCAGAAGUGACCCAAAGCUACUGGUGGUGAUUGUGUGUGGACUGCUGACCAGUGUUGUUUUGGGACUGGCAAUUUGGAGGACUGUCAUCAGGAUCCAGAGAGGGAAAAUUUCCCCACCAUCAAACAUUCCUAUAGAAUUUUGCAGGAAUGGUGGAAAAUGGAAAAAUGGUAGAUGUGUUUGUCCAGAAGAUUGGAAAGGAUUAAGAUGUACAAUUGUUAAUUUCUGUGAACCUGAAUCCAUUAAAGGAUUUCCUUUUGGAAGAAUUCCAGUGGGGACAUAUGGUUCUUCCUCUAAAACAUGCGGAAAAGACACUCCAAAUGCUGGUAAACCAAUGGCAACUGCAUUUUGCUUGCGUGGAGAAGAUGGGAGCUUAACACUGAAAAACCUGACAGUUGGAAAGUGCAAUGAAACUCUGAAAGACUUGGAGGAGCAGAUUGUCCAUAUCUCAACAAGUUCUAAUAACAUUUCAAAAGAUGCACAGAUUUUAACAUAUGAUGCCAGUAGUUUAACUGCUGAAAAUAUCUCUGCUGCUGCUAAUGUGGUUGGACAGAUCUUCAACUCAUCCAGAAAUGCAACAACUGAGGCAAAAGAAAUUGCUGUAACAACAGUGAGCCAACUUCUAGAUGCCAAUGAAGAAGUUUUUAGAAAGGCUGCCACUGAUGAUGAAGAUACCUUAACAAAAUUGAUAGAACAAAUAGAAAUGUAUUCCAUGUCUUUGGAUAAUGGCUCAGUGGUGCAACCUAAUGUAGUGGUACAAAGUGCUACUUUCUCUACAGAAAUGAAUGAAUAUUUGACCAAUGUUCUCUUCUCUGUACAGAAAGGAUCUAGUAGCACUCUUCUUUCUAGCCUCACUUCUGUCACAAAUGUGAACACCCUUAAUCCAAAUACACACACUGAACUUCAGGUUUUGCUCCAUUCCACAAAAGAUAAACUCAAAGAAUGUGGUUUUGUAGUAUAUCAGAACAGCAAGCUUUUUCAAUCCAAAAGAUUCACAGCACAGUCAACUUUCAGUCAAAGAAUUGUCUCAAGCAAAGCUAAUACAAAUAACAUGGAUUCAAAUAUUAGUGUCGAAAUGGUCUUUAAUCCAGAGUAUGACACAUCUGAAUUCCAACUCAAUUCCUAUGCCUGUGUCUUUUGGAAUUACAAGCAAAAGGAUUGGGACACAUUUGGAUGUGAAAAAGUACAGAAUAGUAAGGUUUCUGGUGGUGAUGGAUUCCUGCAGUGCCGUUGUAGUCACACAACUAAUUUUGCUAUAUUAAUGAGUUUCAAAAAGAACUAUAAAUACCUCAAAUCACUGGACACAUUAUCCACAGUUGGAUGUUGGCUCUCUAUUUGUGGUCUGGCUUUAACAAUUAUAUUUCAGAUUGUCACCAGGAAAGGCAGAAAAACCUCAGUAACAUGGGUGUUGGUCUCUCUGUGCACAUCAAUGUUGAUUUUCAACCUCCUCUUUCUGUUUGGAAUUAAAAACUCCAAUAAAGAUUUGAAAUCAAAUAAUAAUAGCAGAAGUGAAUCUCUGAUGACAGGCAACGAAGUGCCUUCCCAAGAGGUUCUUGACCCCCCUAGUAAUCCCACAUGCACUGUGAUUGCUGCCUUCUUGCACUAUUUUCUAUUAGUGACUUUCACCUGGAAUGGACUCAGUGCUGCACAACUCUAUUUCCUUCUAAUUAGGACUAUGAAGCCUCUUCCUCAACGUUUUAUUCUUUACAUAUCUUUAAUUGGAUGGGGCGCCCCAGCAGUAGUGGUGGCUUUAACAGUGGGAAUUGUUUAUGCUAAGAAUGAAGAAUAUUGGGAGUCAAAAUAUAGGCAAGAGGAAAUCUGCUGGCUGGCCACCUCAAAGGAUGAUAUAAAAAACAGUCCAUUGUUGUGGUCAUUAAUCAUACCUGUGACGAUUAUUCUUAUCAACAACGUGGUUAUAUUCAUUAUCAUCACAGUCAAAGUUUUGUGGAAAGAUAGUCAUAAACUGACGAGCACAAAAAAGGUAUCAUCCCUAAAGAAGAUUCUCAGUACUUUAAGUAUUGGAGUCAUUUUUGGAAUUACCUGGAUUUUGUCAUACUUUAUGCUAAUUGAUAAUGAGAACAUCAGGAUCAUCUUCAGCUAUUUGUUCUGUCUUUUCAACACUACUCAGGGUGUACAAAUUUUUAUCCUCUACACUGUCAGAACAAAAAUCUUCCAGAGUCAAGUUUCCAAAAUGUUUCAGUCACUAUCAUCAUCUUCUAAGAACAUGCGGCCCUCCACGAGUCCACUAAGGUUUCGUGUAAGAAUGUACAAUAUGCUCAGGGUAUUUCCAGCCAUACAUGAGCGAUUUACAUUGCUGAACCCAUCUGAAGAUAUUGAGGAAACAACACUUACUGAGAGUAUAUCUGAAAUGCCAAGAACUUAA